CAUAAACGAUCAAUGACUAUAGAAUAUAUUAUUUAAUUCCUAAUCUGAUAUUCUGAUUAGCGAUUUAUGAUUAUGCCAGUUGUUGGUUUAAAGUCAGUUGAAUGUCAUUGUGGUUUGUGGCUAUGCAACACGCAUUGAAUUUAAAGUGAAAUGUAACUUUUUCGAAUUUAAUUUAAUAUAUUAUGCCUAUUUAUCAUCAUUAUCAUCAUUAAAGUUGUUGUCCAGAUGAAAUUAUUGCUGGUAAAUACUAAUGUUACCAAUUGAAAUUUUUGAGCUCUGUUAAUGGUAUCUUAAAGAGACAAUGCUGUUGACGUUAUAUUAUAUGGCUACCAAUUGGUUUCAAUCAUAUAGAUUAUCAAAUAUAAAAUCAAAAUUGAAAAAAUACCUUGCAAACAAUUUGACUUUAGUGCUAUACAAAGAAAAAGAUUUUGUAAUAUUAGACAAUGAAAACUUGUACAAUAAAGAAAAUGGUGAUAUAUUUCUGUCCUUAAAACCUCAUGGUAUUACUUCCGACAGUUGCAAAGAUGCUAAGUCUGCUCAACUUGAUCAGAUCCUAUCAUUUGUUGGGCACAAAAGGUCAUGUUCAGUUUUCCCAGAGCAAACAUUAAAUGUGGAUUGUUGGAUUCUUAUUCCAAAUAACCCUAUUACAUUUCCUGCACACUUGAAUACACACAAGCCAAUAUCUUUAAGUUUUGAAACAAAACUUCAUUUAUUGGUUGAAGCCACUUACAGAAUGUUCAAUGUUCAUCAAAAUAUAAACAAAUGUUUUAUUGAAGAUUUUGGCGUGCCUAAAGCAUGGAAUGCUGGAGAAAAUUUUGGUCUAUUGUUGGAAACUGAUCUGGAUCACUUUGCUGAACUUGCCAAUAAUUUUAUGGCUGAUUCAAAGUCACUGUAUCUGGGAAACCAUAUGGAAUUACUACGAAUACAAACUGUAAAAAUUGAAGGUCAACCAUGUGAUAUUAAAAAUAGUGAAUCAAUUGCUUCUAACAUUGAUUUUAUUUAUAGUUUACAUGAUAAGUACACAAUCUAUACAUUAAGCUUAGAAAAAAUGCUUCAUUCUCCAUGGACAUCACAGACCACGAUGGUAGUCGUCUAUGGUGCUGUACCUGAUGAACUUUAUCCAUUACUUGAGCAAUACCUCUUAACAGAAGGAGGUCGAAUCUUAUGCUUGUGUUCUGAUUUUCUUGGAACACUGCUCCCAACUGCUUUUAGUACAGCUGAAGUGUGUUCUGAUGACAUAGUAAGCUUCACAUACCGUCCAUUGUCCAUGCGGACAUCCCUCUUGCACCAUGUUCUCUGUUACCAACCCAGCAUACCUAAUAAUGAUCAUUUUCCAUCUGAAAACGGCGUUAAAGAAGAUAGAAAUUUAAACGUUGUGGAUAUGUUUGAUUCUAACAACAAGCAUCAUACUAUUGACAUCAAAGUUCUAGCUGCUGAAGAUACCUGGGAAACGCCAAGUCUAAUUUUAGCAACAGCACCGUCCGGAGGAAAAGUCAUUUUCUCUCAAGUACAUUUAGAAAUCGAUGCACAUUUAAAUGGAGAAUACCGAUCAACUACUGAGGAUAGAUAUCUAUUAAUUAAAGAUUUGUUGAGCACCCAUUUGGGACUAGAUUGUGUGUCGUGUGAUCAAGAACCAAAACACACACCUGCUUAUUUACUGGGAACUGAAAAUGAUAAAGUUAAAUUUUUAACUUCAUUAAAUGGAAAAGUAUCCAUGAAUAAUGUGUUGUUACUGAAAGACUUAAAAGUUCAAUUUUGUACUAAAGAUGAAAUGUGUAUUGGAGCUAGUGAAUACUCAUUGCCUGUUAUUUGCAAUGAUUUCCCAAUGGACUUCAGUGAAGAAAAUUAUUUCAAAAAUCUCCAUACUGAAGAAUUAGGACGCCUAGUUAUUUUUGGAGAAGUCAUGUCAUCUUCCAUGAAGCUCUUAAACGAUCCAAUAUCCAGGCAUGGGCUUGUAGUCAUUCCAAAACAACAAAUUACUGGAAUUGGUAGAGGCGGUAAUAAAUGGUUGAGUCCAAAUGGUUGUGCCAUGUUUUCUGUACAAUUACACAUUCCUUUUGAUUCGAAACUUGGUCAGAGACUAGCAUUGCUACAACAUGUUGUUGCAUUGUCAGUCGUGUCAGCCAUAUGUUCACUACCCGGUGGCUAUGAUGUAAAUAUUGAAAUA